UUCAGUUUCAUAGAAUACGUAAAGUUAGCUCUACAGAACUCAGAAAAUUUUUGAAAUAUAAAAUCAAAAGCUCUUUCCUUACUAAAUUAAUUGUUGUUAUUGUGUGACCUAAAACUAUUAAAAAAAAAAAGAAAAAUGGCAGCGACAAUGAAAAACUCUGGGAUUCUCACCAUGAGCAUUGAAGUUUUGGGCGAACUUAUACCACCCGCCGAAAUGGAGUGGCUGGAGCUGAAGAAACUGGAUGAGUUGCAGCUGAAAUUCGAUCGCGAAGUUGUCCAGUUGAGACUGAAUAAACUGCUGCACCGCAUCACCAACCUGGACGAGCAGUUGGAGCAGGAGCAAAUGGGCGAUGAGGAGUUCAGAUCUGUGGAUUCCCUCAGGGAGAGACUGAACCUGCGGCAUCAGCAGUUGGUCGAGAGUCUCGUUCGCAUCGGAACCCGACUGGCCAGGACCAUGAAGGAGCUGAGGAACCGCGAAAGGUCCGUCUAUAAGGACCUUUUAGCCAGGGGAUUGAUCUAAAGGAAAGCCAUCAACGCUAGUGGAUAGUUUUGACAUUUAUCAUCAAUUAAAACGCCUUUAUCCA